AUGGCCUGCUCAAGGUACUCACCGCGAAGCCUCACCUCCGUUCUCCGACAUGUGCACUACGACAGGAUCCUGUGCUACGAGCAGGGCAACCGAAUUCAAGAGCAUCUUGUUUCGGAAAUGCUUGAAAAUAAAAAGAACAAGAUACCAAAUGAAAGGCCCACGGUCCUGUCUUUCCAGUUUCAGCACACGUACACGGGAGGCAAACGAGAACGGAUCAAUACAACCCCUGAGCGUCGAAAAUUCAUAGAAGUCAUAAAAAAUGCUAAGUUCGUACAGACAUCCAGAGGGGGCCAGAUCACAUACCAUGGUCCGGGACAGCUGGUAAUCUAUCCACUCCUAGAUUUGAGCGAGUUCAAAGGUCUUAAAUCAAAAUGCUAUGUAUCCUUGCUCGAACAAUGCGCAAUCGAAACAUUGCGAGAACCUUGGGUGGGUCUCAAUGCGGUGACAACCGAGAACACGGGAGUCUGGGUUGAUAAUAACGGUCUGCGGAAAAUCGCCUCGAUAGGAGUCAAUUUGCGACGAUCGAUAACGUCUCAUGGAAUAUCAAUCAACGCAUUCCCCGAUUUGUCGAAGAAACCGGUAAAGUGGUGGAUAUAG